AUGCGAUAAACAUGACAACCGAAUAGACACCCUUCGCUUAAGGAGUCUCUUCCUCUUCUGCUAUUUAUUUCAUCGCUAAAUUUCGUUAAUUUUUCUCUACAAAUUCUAGUUCUAGGGUUAGGGUUUUCAAAUUCUUAGCAAAUUCAUAAUAAUCGGGACUGUUUUUUGUGCUUUACCUGGAACGCUACCCUCAUGGAAUCUUCUAUUGUGAUCAAGGUCAAGUAUGGAGAGACACUUAGACGAUUCAAUGCCCGUGUUGCUGAUGAUAAACUUGGUCUUAACAUAGAUGAAUUAAAAGACAAGAUCUUUAAACUUUUCAACUUUCCUCCCGACAGUGAACUUACACUGACAUACAUUGACGAGGAUGGUGAUGUUGUAACCCUUGUUGAUGAUGAAGAUCUGCAGGAUAUCACGAGGCAGGACCUGGAUCCCCUGCGAAUAUCUGUGAACACUGAAAAACUUAGUAGAUCUUCAGGUACAUCUAGUGAAAAUUCUACUUCCGUCAGGGCCCCACCUACAUUUCCGAACACAAAUUCGAGUGUUUCUGAUCUUCUCAAGUCAUUGCCAAAAUCAAAAAGCAAAAAAAUCCUAAAGCACUCUGCAGAUAUGGCGUCUAAAGCCUCAUCAGCUGCCCGAGAAAUUGCUGAGCUUUCCAAAGCUCUCUCUAUGACUGGCUUAUCCUACUUAAAGCAGGCUUGUCCAGUAUCUGGAAUCCCUAUGGGUAGUGUUAGAAGUGGAGAGCCAUCUCAAGCAGCGAAUCCUGAGGAGCUGACCGUUAAAACUGCAGGACAACCCAAAAGUCAUACUGUAUCCAUAAAUGCAUCAGAAUUGAAGUCUUCCCAACCAGAUCAAAACGGAAUUCAGUGUGAACCAUUAUCAAAAAGUCCUAAGCGUAACUCAUCUCUGGUAGACGGUAAGAAGGAAGAGGGUAACAAAUUUGGUGAUUCCCAUCUUGUUGGGAAGGCUCUUGGUAAUUCAUAUCCUAGUGCCUCAACCACUGGCCCAAAAAAGACAGCUGAUAAACAGCAAACUGAGAAUCACCCUGGUGCUGAGCCUGUUGGUGUUGUUGGUUUAUCUGGGAAGCUUUCUGGUGGAUUUAGAUCUCCAAGUUCAUAUUUCAUGACUAUGGUGCCCGAGUUAAAUGACACUAUCCAACCUCAAUACUCUCCUUUCCAGAUUCCAGUUAAAAGGAACCAUAAUCACAGUGAUGGGACAGUCUCUAUUUUCCACAGAGGUGUUCGCUGUGAUGGUUGUGGGGUUCAUCCAAUAACUGGACCUAGGUUCAAAUCUAAAGUAAAGGAGGACUAUGAUCUCUGCAGCAUAUGCUUUGCACAAAUGGGAAUUGAUGCUGAUUACGUUAGAAUGGAUCGUCCUGUUUCUUACCAUCAUCCCAUAGCUUUCAAGGCUUUGCAUGAACCUCGUGACAUCUUUCGAGGCUGCGGUGUAAAAUCGCCUAAGCUGGACAGCCGCUUCAAACAGGAUGUCAAUGUACUUGAUGGUACUAUGAUGGCUCCAUCGACUCCAUUUACCAAGGUCUGGAGGAUGAGGAACAAUGGUAAUAUUGUCUGGCCACAAGGAACACAACUUGUUUGGAUUGGGGGAGAUCGAUUAGGUGAUUCAGUCUCUGUUGAAUUACAGAUUUCUUCGUUUGGCUUGGCUGUAGACCAUGAACUUGAUGUGGCAGUUGAUUUUACAGCUCCUAAGCUUCCUGGCAGGUACAUCUCCUACUGGAGGAUGGCCUUGCCUUCAGGGGAGAAGUUUGGGCAACGUGUAUGGGUGCUUAUCCAGGUUGAUUUUUCAAUGAUCCCGAAAAAGGAGUUCUUUUAUGAAGCCUCUCAGGUCCUGGACUUGAAUCUUCCUCCAGCCGGCUAUGAUAUAGCUGGUUCGGAAUCUAUUAAUGUGAAUGCAGACAUGACAAUAGAGGAUAUCAUUGCUGACCCUAAAAUCUCAAACCCUGCCAUGGAAUCAGUUGAGCCGGUUGUUGAUGGAAACCGUAACAAUGAGGAGUCCAAGUCGUGCAUUUCUCCUUCUGCAGCUGGUUCGUCAAUUUCAUACCCCAUUUAUUUAUCCGAGGCAGCACCAGCAGUUACUUCUGUUGCACCACCAUCUGUUGUAGAGGUGCAAGCAUCUUCAAAGGAAGAUGUCGAGAUGGCCCUCCUCAAGGAACUGGAGGACAUGGGUUUCACUCAGGUUAACUUAAACAAAGAAGUCUUGAGGAUGAACGAGUAUAACUUGGAACAAGCAGUAGCUGAUCUUUGUGGUGUUUCUGAGUGGGAUCCUAUGCUUGAAGAGCUGGAGGAGAUGGGUUUCCACAACAAAGAGAUGAACAAGGAGUUGCUCAAGAAGAACAAUGGCAGCAUUAAGCGUGUUGUGAUGGAUCUUAUUGCCGGAGAGAAUUAGGAUCUAGUUAGCAGUAGUUCUUGCAAUAUAUUAUGCUUUCAGUAGACUAUGCUAUAAAUAACUUGCUAGACUGAAUUGGCUGUUUUGGUGACUGUGGCCUUGUGUGGUUUUGCACAAUUGAUAGAUGCACUGAAACUUGGAUGUUUUGUUGA